AUGAUGCUAAGAUGGCGUCAACAGAGUCGAGCCGGUUCGGGUCACCUUGUAUACAGCGUGUGCGAGACCGCAUUGACUCGAAUCGAUCGGGAUCUACGCACACCACAAUCCACUAUUCAAACUGGGCUCACCACCGACCAUGUGCAAAACAAAACUCAAGCAAUCAACAAAUCUGUUGUCAACAAACCACAUUCAGCUCGAGCAGUUGGACAUCCGGCCGAAUAUUGGCUAUUCAGUUUGGUGUUUAACUCAGACCAAAUUCUCAGCGUGCAUGUGGAUAUACGUUAUCAGAUGCACAGUUGCGAACAAGACCGAGGUGCUUUGGAUCAAGGCAUCUGGGAGACCCAUCAGUGUCGGGAAGAAUUUGAUGUGAUGGUGAAACAGUUCGAUCAACCGGAUAAUAAUUCCCAACUGCAGGGUUUCCGACAAAUUGACCAAUUGUCUCCAAAACACGUUCAACCUGUCAAUUCGUAUGCCGGAAAUAACCUGAUGAAGAUGGUGCACGCUAAUUUUCGACCAACCAGCAAACGAUUUCAGCUGGCACUGCGUGACACCGGGGCGUGUGUCCUCAUAGAUCAGUUAGUGAUCUACUAUCUUCAUUGUCCUCAAACAGAAGUUAAUCUGAUGCAGCUACCACAAACUCAUGCUGGUCACAAUGCGGAAAUUAGAUUCGUACCCGGAACAUGUGUGUCGGGAGCAACUCAUUCCGUCGGACCGUUUCCCAUGGCAUUUACCAAAGGACCAACCAGAGUACCCGGUGCUUUCUGUAUGGUGAACGGCAAAUGGCAUUUGGACGAUGACGAGUUCCAGUGCAUCUGUGAACCUGGAUUCGAACUGGGACCGAAAGGACUCACAUGUGAAGCCUGUCUUCGCGGGACAUUCAAACCUAUCGCGGGAAACGGACAGUGUCGUGUUUGUCCACUCAAUUCGAUGGCCACCAAUCUGGGUCAACUGCAGUGUGAUUGCCUGCCCGGUUAUUUUCGGCUGUCCCGAAUCAGUUCACCGAAUUAUCCGUGUUUCGGCCCUCCGAGUUCACCGCGAAAUCUGAAUGCGGUUCGUAUUAAUGGGACCUCAGUUGAACUCACAUGGGACCAUCCAAUUCGAUCUGGUGGACUAAAAGAUAUACAAUUCCAUGUGACCUGUCAAGGUUGUACACCAAACGCGGUCACCUAUUCGCCUUCAAAUCUACUGAACGGUACCAGGGUACGGAUCUCCGGGUUACAACCGCUCACACGUUACCAGUUUGAUGUGUAUGCCCAAAACGAGGCGUCAAGCCUGGCAGAUGCCUUGUGGGCUCACGUGACCAGUGUAAUUGUCACAACGCGUUCCGCUCCAACCAUUCUCGUGAAUCAAGUUCGAUCAGAGGUGAUUGCACCAAAUGCUGUGCUACUCCAGUGGAAAGCGCUCCAGUUAACUCCAACUCAGUCUAAUCAUACCUCAUCCAUUGAUAAUCAGGUUGAAGGGUUCGCAGAGUCUCUCGACCAUCUUAAGGCGGUCAACUACGAGGUUUGUGUAAUCCUUGCGAACCAGUCUGGCAUUAUGUCUGUGUCGACAAGCACUCCCCGACAUCCAAUUCAGAAAACAAAUGGAACAGAUCAACCAGAAUCCGGACUUGUAACUAUUCCCAGUGCAGUAUAUCAUACAUCGGUUCCAAAAAUCAAACUAGACAAUUUGUCAAGGGAACACGCGUACUGGAUUCAGAUUCGAGCUCAAACGGACUAUGCGUAUGGGCCAUAUAGUAGUCCAUUGUAUCUUCAGUUGACACCGGAUACCCGUGUGGAUUCCUGGACCACUCCGUACCCUUCAAGCAAGUUAACCGAACCGAUUACUGUAUCGAGCCUAGCAGAGGACAGGGCGGAUGUGAAUUCGAAGGAGCCGAUUGGAUGGAGUUCAACUGAUCAUGAUACGGAAGAGAAAAUUGUAACCACGGGACUUGUUUUGUCCGUUGGAUUGGCUUUGUUUAUGAGUGAGUCGUGUUUCGAUAUUUUGCAUAUUUUCGUUGACUACUGGAAGUCACCUUUAUUCCUGACGUGUACAGAAGCACUCGUGCUUCAGCUCGCAUCUCAAAUGUGA